AUGUCGGAAACCGUGGAUCCAAAGCCCGCUUGGGAAUUGUUGGAACAACUCGUCAAGGCUUCAUCGUUCCAUAACAAUGAAUACGAAGUGCGUGACUGGCUGGAAGCCCUGGUAAGGGGGCGAGGUGGUGCUGCUUGGGUCUUCUUCAGUCGACUCACACAGCUGAACAAGAUCCAAUUAGACAUGGAAAAAAGGAACCCAAUGACCCCGUACGUCGCGAGGACUAUUAGCAAAUUAGCAGCAAGAUCACACAGCGGAUAUCUGGAUCAGGGGUUAUCGGCACUUGAAGAUGUGAGACCGGAAUUUAAGGAUCGUCUUGAGCGCGGAACCUUCGCGGAGAUUCCUCGUUUGAUGGCUGCUUUCUCAAGACUACCUAACUUGCGAAAUAUGUCUAUCAUGGGCUAUUAUGCCAGUAAUCAGGAUGGUGAUAGUUGGCUUCCCUCUGCAGAGACACUGCCUAAAUCAAUCAGAGAAGUGACUAUCCUUGCCCAUCGCUGUCCUCCAGGCGCUAACAGACUCGACUUUGAGAGCGUGUUUCGCGGUUUCAGGCCACAAUCGUAUCCGAAUCUGUGCUCUAUCAGCGCAUAUCAUCGUAACAUGAAAGAUUUCCACAAAAUUGGACAUAAUGGAGCCGAUCACAUUCUCAAAAUACACAACCAUGCCCUUUCCGAAGCGGGUAUAUCCACCGAUGAUAUCACGCAUUACAAAUUAAGGAAUGAGUACUUUGAGAAAAAACGGAAACAGUAUCGGAAACCACCCGGACAACGAGGAGGUGACAGGUGGAUGGACGAGUUUGGGUUCAAGGACAAUGUGUUGUAUGCGUUGCCGGCAAAGGAUACCGAGGGUCGGUGA